AUGUCACUGCACGGCAAACGGAAGGAGAUCUACAAAUAUGAAGCGCCCUGGACCGUCUACGCCAUGAACUGGAGCGUGCGGCCCGACAAGCGCUUUCGCCUGGCGCUGGGCAGCUUCGUGGAGGAGUACAACAACAAGGUUCAGCUUGUGGGUUUAGAUGAAGAGAGUUCAGAGUUUAUCUGCCGGAACACCUUUGACCACCCAUACCCCACCACCAAGCUCAUGUGGAUCCCUGACACGAAAGGCGUGUAUCCAGACCUGCUGGCGACAAGCGGCGACUAUCUCCGCGUGUGGAGGGUUGGCGAAACAGAGACCAGGUUGGAAUGUUUGCUGAACAAUAACAAGAACUCGGAUUUCUGUGCUCCUCUGACUUCCUUUGACUGGAAUGAGGUGGAUCCUUAUCUUUUAGGUACCUCUAGCAUCGACACAACGUGUACCAUCUGGGGGCUGGAGACCGGGCAGGUGUUAGGGCGAGUGAAUCUCGUGUCUGGCCACGUGAAGACCCAGCUCAUCGCCCACGACAAAGAGGUCUACGACAUUGCAUUUAGCCGGGCAGGGGGUGGCAGGGACAUGUUCGCCUCCGUGGGUGCCGAUGGCUCGGUGCGGAUGUUUGACCUCCGUCACCUAGAACACAGCACCAUCAUUUACGAAGACCCACAGCAUCACCCACUGCUGCGCCUCUGCUGGAACAAGCAGGACCCCAACUACCUGGCUACCAUGGCCAUGGAUGGAAUGGAGGUAGUGAUUCUGGACGUCCGAGUUCCCUGCACGCCUGUUGCCAGGUUAAACAACCACCGAGCAUGCGUCAAUGGCAUCGCGUGGGCCCCACACUCAUCCUGCCACAUCUGUACUGCAGCGGAUGACCAUCAGGCCCUCAUCUGGGACAUCCAGCAGAUGCCCCGGGCCAUCGAGGACCCGAUCCUGGCCUACACAGCCGAGGGGGAGAUCAACAACGUGCAGUGGGCGUCUACCCAGCCUGACUGGAUUGCCAUCUGCUACAACAACUGCCUGGAGAUACUCAGAGUGUAG